CUAUGAUGCUAGGGGAGCGGCUGCAGGCUGGCGUAGCGCGUGCGGCCUUACGGUGGUUGGGUGAACGUGCCACCUUCUGCUGUGGGGUGGGUGGGAUGGGGGAGGUCCUCCUUGACCCCGUGCCGGCCCCGCCACCUGUGCUGCGCCAUCUUUGGGCUGGCGACGGUGUGGAAGCGCGUACCUUCCGUCAGUUUUCCAGGCAUCUGAAGUCUGAACUCGGCGCUGGCCCUGUCGUCGAUGUCUGCGCGUGAGCCGUGACGGGUGCCACAGCCUGCUGGCACCGGCGGGUACGUGCCGUGUACAUGUGGUGCGGACUGCGGGACCGACUUGAACCACUCGAAGCCAACGGAGACCAGCCACCCUCAUUCGCUCAGAUUUAUGUGAACGACCCACGAGCCGAAAUACUGAUGCCGAGGACCACGCACGCAUUGUGGCAUCACAUAGAGAACACCUAUUACAUCCGGGAACGACUCCGAUCGGCCAUUUUCGGGAAAUUUGCCGUCCGCGGUGAAUAUUCCUGGGAAUAUGCUCUGAACGUAUCAACCGAAUUUGAUGUUAGUGCCGGACCCGUGGACUCGGAACUGCGUCACUAAUGCCUGUUCAUAAAUGUAGCGCGGCGUGAGCCAUCCAUGGACUGCGUGUUUCUUUUUUCCAACCAAAGGUAAGCACUAUACCUGAAGAUGCUUCUUUGUAACCAAACCAAACAAAAACUAACAACCUAACCUAACCUAACUUGACCUAACCUACAGCCUACAAACCUACAACGCGCCAAAAAUUUCAGCCGCCGGCGGGAUUCGAACCUUCGGUCCUCUGAACACGGGGCGAUUGCGCUAACCAACCACUUCACCUCGCAGACAGCUGGCCGGAUAAAGGUAUUGUAAGUCACUUGACAAUGACGCACUGGGAUAUACUCCGUAUAGCGCCUUCCUUUGAUUGGAAAAAAUAAUUACUUACGCCCGUGGACUAGCCUCUUCAACUCCGUAGCAGUGUCUCCCAAUCUGCGGAAAGUUCAGCUGGUCGCAUGAUAACCGUGGCGAAGUUUUCUGGCUCUGUUUCAACGGCUCCUUCAUAUUCCCUUCAUAUCAGCAUAAGCCAGAUUUAGGCUAACUUGCAAUUAAACGAUCAAAAAUGUUAGCGUAAGUUUCGUUAGGGUAAAUUAAACGGUGUUUUAUUUGGUUAGGCUAAGCCCGAAAAACGCGUAUUGAUGUGCACGUGCGCAGUUCUGUGAAAGACAUCUGAGCUGCUCACUUUCAGGCCUGUAUGAACUAGAGUCGUCUGGGGCGGACCACGGACGUCUCAGUCUUGUUUAAAUACCAGCCCGGUCCGACCAUCGCGUGGACGAAAUUUAUAAACAAGCGUGGUCGCUGUCCAUCACGCAGUGAUCCAGGCCGGGCCGGUUCACUCCGACCAGUGACACGCGGCCGCUGGAAGAAGGCGCCGGCGCAGUGCGGGACGGAGUGCCGGUGUGGACAGACGUGGCCGACCGGCCAGCACAGGACCCCCGGCGGGCGGACCCGGCCUGGCGGCUGAGCAGCUGGAGAGCCUGGCUGACACUGUGUGCCAGGCCGAGUGGACCGGGAGCCUGCGGUGCCGCCGCUCCGAGCGCUGGUGUAGGGUCGGACGGUGCUGAGGUGGUCCUCCAGAGUCCGGCGGCGCUGAGUCCAACGCUGCCCCUCGAGGUGGACCCUGGCGUCAGACAUGGCUGGCGCGAGGAGCAGCGACUUCAAAAACAGGGGGUCCGGCCGCGGCGCGGUCGUGGGCCGGGUCAAACGAAUGGUCAACAGCAGAUGCGAGCACCUGUACAAAAUCCUCAUCAUCGGCGAGCUCGGCACCGGCAAGACGUCCAUCAUACGGCGCUACGUGGGCCAGACCUUCUCCAAGCACUACCGGGCCACCAUAGGCGUGGACUUUGCGCUCAAGGUGCUUCAGUGGGACGCCAACAACAUCGUCCGACUCCAGCUGUGGGACAUCGCAGGCCAGGAGCGGUUCGGCUCUAUGACGCGCAUCUACUACACGGAGGCGGUGGCGGCGUUCAUCGUGUUCGACGUGAACCGGGCGACCACGUUCGACGCCGUGCUCAAAUGGAAGGCCGACCUGGACGACAAGGUGCAGCUGUCCAACGGCGACCCGGUGCCCUGCGUCCUGCUCGGAAACAAGUGUGACCUGCCGAAGGAGGGUCUGGCGUCCAGCCCCGAAAAGGUCUCCGAGUGGGCGCGCCAGCGCGGCUUCGUCGGAUCCUACGAGACGUCCGCCAUGGAAAACAAGGGCAUCGACGAGGCCAUGAACUUCAUCGUCAGAAAGAUUUUGACACACGAACAGUGCGGCCAUCUGGUGGGCGGCGGCAGCGACCCCGACGUGGUGACGGUGAGCAGCGGCUCGUCGACAGUCAGCGGCGGCGACUGUGUGUGCUAGUAAGGAGGAAGGAUGGCGACACUCAGCGGCGGCGACUGUGUGUGCUAGUAAGGAGGAAGGAUGGCGACAGUCAGCGCCGGCGACUGUGUGUGCUAGUAAGGAGGAAGGAUGGCGACACUCAGCGCCGGCGACUGCGUCUGCUAGCGGGGAGGAAGGAUGGCGACACUCAGCGGCGGCGACUGUGUGUGCUAGUAAGGAGGAAGGAUGGCGACACUCAGCUCAGCGGCGGCGACUGCGUCUGCUAGCGGGGAGGAGCGGCGCCGGCUGAGCGGCGUACCGCCUGAAACCGCCGAAUACCUGUGCGAAUCUGCGACCUGUUGUGCCUCAUUAAGUCCUACCUGUUUGGACAACACUGUGGAGCUCUUGCUUUGCCACAUGUGUGUGUGUGUGUGUGGGGGGGGGGGGGUAUGUGUAUGUGUGUGUGCAAUAUUUAUGCCUGAUAGGAAACCAGUAUAGACCAUGUCAUGACCUCGUAUGUUCACACAGAUCAAUGACGUUGGAAGCGCUCAUGGUGCCGUGCCAGGAUGGUCUGAACUCUGAACGUCUGUUGUCAGCGAAGCGAACCAUUGGGCUUAUCGAAUAAAAACAAUUCAAGGCGUCAAAUAA